AUGGACGGUGGCCAGACCUCGUCCAAUUCCGCCCCCGCUGGCAACUCCAGCGAUUUUGUAUGUGACCCCCCAUCUCGUGCAAGAGGCCUCGGUGAUCGCCUGCGUCGGUUGGAAAAGAUUGAGAGGGAGAAAACUAACGUGAUUGCUCAUGAUGGUCAGGUGCGCAAAUUAUACAAGAUGCUGGAGGACCCCUCCUAUGCAUCGAUUGUCCGCUGGGGUGAUGAAGGAGAUAGUUUCGUGGUCCUCGAGUGUGAGAAAUUCACCAAGACCAUCCUGCCCAAACAUUUCAAGCACAGCAACUUUGCCAGUUUCGUGCGCCAACUCAACAAAUACGAUUUCCACAAGGUCCGCCAGAACAAUGAGGAAAACGGACAAUCGCCGUAUGGACAAAAUGCAUGGGAGUUCAAACACCCCGAAUUUCGAGCCAACAGCAAGGACUCCCUCGACAACAUCCGCCGCAAGGCCCCGGCGCCUCGGAAGCCGACUCAACCGGCCGAUGAGUCGGCGCCAACUCAACAGAUUGAUUUACUUAACCAGCAAAUCGUCGCGCAACAACAACAAAUCCAGCAUCUCUCAGACCGAUACGCGCAACUCACGGUCGACCAUCAGCUCAUGCUCCAGGAAUCCAUGCGCGUUCAGAAGACAGUCUUGAACCACGAAAAUGUGAUCCACCAGCUCAUGACCUACCUUCUCUCGGUGGAUGCGCGUCAGCGACGAGACAACAAGGCCCUGGCCUUCCAGGCGCAAGGCGGCACGGGCGUGAGCCCCUCGCAGGUGGGCGGGAUGGACGAUGCGCCAUCCUCUCCCCUACAACAAGCGUCCAAGUUGCUCAGCGACAUGAAUUCGGAAAUGCAAUUCAACAUGGCGGCAAUGGACCAGACCGCCAAUGAUGCCUCCAAGUCGGCCACAGCCCCGGCGGCUGCGCCGGCCAUGGAUGCUUCUGGGCGGCCCGCCGUGGUACCCGUGUCUCGCCCCGCGACCACCGCACCGCCCAAUGCCGCCGCCAUGGCGUAUCCGAAGAUGGGGAGUGACUUGGAACAAGUGGUCUAUCCGGUGGGGGCCACCAACGGGAUCGAUCCAAUGUACAGCGAACAUGUCAACAAUGUGCCGUAUCCCAUGCCGACCAAGCCCGACGCGGAUUCGAACGAUGCGCGACGAUUCCAGGACAACGGCAACCGUAAGAAGACGACAAACGUCGACCCGGGCUGGGUGCGCAGCCCUCAUAUUCUCCUGGUUGAGGAUGAUGCGACGUGUCGGCAGAUCGGCGGCAAAUUCCUCUAUUCUUUUAAUUGUGUCGUAGACACCGCUUUCGACGGCCUGGAAGCCGUCAACAAAAUGCAGGCGGGCUCGAAGUAUGAUCUCAUUUUGAUGGAUAUCAUCAUGCCUAAUCUCGAUGGUGUAUCCGCUUGUCAUCUCAUCCGCCAGUUUGAUCGCACACCGAUCAUCGCGAUGACCUCGAACAUCCGAAGCGACGAUAUUCAGCUCUACUUCCAACAUGGCAUGGACGAUGUGCUGCCGAAGCCUUUCACCCGCAAGAGCCUGCUUGGCAUGCUGGAGAAACAUCUGGUGCAUCUCAAGACGAUGGCGCCAUCCCUCGACGUCACGCCGGCCGCGGCGGCCGGCACCUUGGCCGUUCAACCAUCGGCUACACAAUCCAUUAAAGAAGAUAAUAGCUCUCCUGGUCAGUCUCCGGGUGGCUCAAUGACGAAUUGGCAAUCACCGGGUCAGUUUCACGGCAUGGCUCCGGUACCACAGCCGAUGUCUGCGGUCCCCGGUCAAUACGUGGCGGCACCUGGCGCGCCGCCGGGUGCGUAUGCAGUCGACCAAAAUGGAGUUCAAUACCCAGCACCCACAGUCACCGUUCCUUCCAAUGGGGCUCCCCCUCGGCCUCAACACCGUCGACAAAUGUCGGAAAUGUCCAGUGCUACAGAGAACCCCAACGUCAAACGACAGCGCAUGUAUUCACAAAAUCAACCAAUGAUGGCCGUACAGGCUGGGCGACCUGGCUAA